AUGGUGAAGAAAGUUCAGAUGCAGAGCUGCAUUCCAAGACAGAGAAGGGAAAAGGUGGAAAUUAUGGAAGAAGGAAAUGAGUAUUUAAUGAAAUUAAAAGUGUUCUAUAUUAAAACUGAAGAUGACACAAACAUCAGUGACACAAGUACAUUUUUUGAUGAAACAAAAAAUAUAGGUGGUAAAAUAAAUGUUAAUGACUUUGAUUUAAAAGUGAAAGAUGAGAAUACUCAUUGCAUUAAUGAUGCAAGUAAGGUCUUUAUUAAGCUUGAAAAUGACAUUGAUAUUAAGGAUGAGUGUUCAUAUGAUGAAGAAACUGAAUGUUUUGAUGACACAGCAACUGAAAGUGAUUUUAUACAUGAUGGUGUGAAGGAAACUACAACUAAAGAUCCAUUGUUAUUAGUACCAUUUGUUAUUGAGGAAUAUAGGAAAAUUCAGUCUACAAAUAGUGAUCAGAUGGUGCAGAGAAGAACAAAGAAUGCAACUGCAAACAAAGUAGUACAAAAGAAAGAUAAGCCAUUUCACUGUGAUGUAUGCAACAAAGAUUUCUCAAGGAAAGAUAAAAUCCAGACACACAUGAAGUUGCACACAAAAGAGAAUCUCUAUACCUGUGAGGUGUGUAACAAGCAGUUUACACUGAAAGAUUCUCUUGCAAAACAUUUCAUAGUUCAUUCUAAUGAGAAACCAUUUAGCUGUGGAUAG